GGAGCUCCUUCAGAAGUGGAUCACGGCCGUGGCUGAGGUUCUACUUGGAGUCCGUGAUCAGCUGCAGAAGCUGCAGGACCAGAACAACAAAUACAGCAGCACAGACGCCUCCAACCUCUCUGCUUCUAUUACAGAAAUCGAUAAAUUUGUGCUGUUGUUGAUCACAAAGCUUCUCACAAAUGCUCUGGUGGUGGAGAAACAACCUGUGAUGCAGAAUUUACCACAGCGGCCUCUCAUACUGAAGACUGGGGUGCGCUUCAGAGUUACUGUACGGUAA